AUGAGCCCCCCGUCGCCCAAGAAAAAGAACAGCGGCAACUCUUCGGGGCCCAGACAGAUCCGCUUCGUUGCCACAGAUGGCCAGCCGCAGACCAAACGCCGCAGAGUCAACGCCGCAUGUCUGACCUGCCGCCGGCGCAAAAUUCGCUGUUCCGGAGAACAACCAGUAUGCAAGACGUGCUCCGAUUUCAAGCAUGUCUGCCUCGGUUACAGCGAAUCUACCGCGCACCUGCGAUCACAGUCCGACUCCGCGCAACGGGCUCCGCCGGUCUCGUCCUUCGCUAAUAACGAGACCAACCAACGCAGCUCUCGUGCGGUUGAGAGCUGCUCCCCAGAUCCUGCGCCUGCCGGGCUGCCAAAUAAUAGCACCGAAAAAUCCCCGCAAGCUGCAAAAUCGGCAGACUCGAAGGAUGGGUCCUCCAGAGACACGUCGGCGCGGGUGCACAAAGAGUUGGAUUCCCAGCAGGCAGGCGACAGCCCAGAGAGCAGUCGUACCUCUGUGAGCUCCAACAGCCGUACUCAUGUUCCAUACUUCAGAUACUUCGGCCCGACAGCCAUCGUGCCAGGCUUCAAGCAAAUGGUUGGCCGUUCUCGGAAUCAUCGCCGCGCACAAUAUCUAACUGAUUCCAAGGUCGUACAAGUCCGGGGAUCGCGUAAGAGCAACCCAUCCAUGUCAUCAGAAUCAAUAUCACCCCUACGAAGCCCAAAACCAUCAGAUGUUCCUGCUGGCAUCCAGCCUCUUACGGUAGACAACCGCGACAAUCGCGAUGCCAAUACGAUUCCCUUUUAUGACCGCGACGACACCCUUCCAGUUUCGAAAUUAGUAUCUCACCUAAGCGAACUAUUCUUUGUCCAUCUCGGCUGCAGCUUCCCCUUCCUACAACGAGACCGAUUUCUCCAAGACUUGAAUGAAAAGAAGGUGGAUACCAUGUUAGUGGAUGCUGUCUGUGCAUUAGCAGCCCGCUUCUCUCCACAUCCACUCUUGGCUCCUCCGCAGGCGCCUCCAAUCGACCACCAGUCGCAGCCGCCUGCGGACAUCAAUCUGUGGGAUCGUGGGUUACCAUUUGCUCAACGAGCAAGCAGCGCCCUCGUCGAUGUAUUAUCAUGCCCGACUCUUUCUGCGGUUCAGGCCUGCCUCCUCUUGGCCUAUGAGCAAUUCGGAUCUAACCAUGACAGCGGUCUCUGGAUGUACCUGGGAAUUUCAAUCCGCAUGGCCCAGGAUCUUGGCUUGCAAAAGCACCAGGGCUUGAAACAUAAUUAUGGCCGGAAGGGUGUCACCCCGAAAGAAGUUGUUACCGGGCAAGCUGGGAAAUUACGAGAAGAUCAGUAUGAUGAUUUUGAUGUCUAUCAAAGUCCUCAGGGCCCACCUCCUGCCUCCGAUUCCGAACGCGCCAGAGAAAGAGAGCAGGUAGACUCAUUCUGGAGCAUCUUCUUUUUGGAUCGGGUGAUCUCCUCGGGCACUGGACGACCGGUCACACUGCGCGAUGAGGAUAUCGAGCUGUGCUUCCCUCUCCAGUCUGAAUCACAAUUGCCAAACGGCUGGCCCGCGCCGUUCCCGCCCCUGAUUCGAAUCAUUCAUCUUUAUGGACGAGUGACCGAUCUCAUCAAUGGUAUUCAGGAUGUGAAUCACGUCACGGCAGGCACUCUUAAGCGACUCGCCGGCAUGGAGAGUGAUUUGACUGGGAUUUAUCAGCGUUUAUCACCAAGACUUUACUUCAAUGCGGCCAAUUUCCAGGCAUACGUCAAGGCCAAAGAGGGGACCAACUUCAUCCUACUCCAUUUCUGGUUCCAUACGCUCAUCGUCCUUCUCCACCAACCCACGUUGCUCAAUUCAUUUGGCGGAACGAUCCAGCACCUGUAUCCGAACAGUCGUGAAUUGUCAAUGUCUUCGGCCAAGACAAUCGCCGACAUUCUCUCGUUUUCAGAGCUAGUUGAUGGAAAGAGCUUCAUCGGCAAUCCUUUCACCAGCCAACCGAUGUACAUCGCCGCAUGCGCUUUUCUCAUGGAAAGCGCAUACUACUCCAUGCCUUCGUCGCGGUCGACCUCGCCGCCUCCUCAGCCUUUACUAUCAAACCAGUCAAGUGGGUUCGUCAUGCCAAGUAUGGAAAAUUCGAGCGGGUCUGAACGCAAAUCAAAUGCCAAGCACAUUCUGCUCGCUUCUGCUGCGAGAGAAAACUAUCAGCGUUGCUAUAAGGCGCUGAAGGCACUCGAUACUUACUGGGAGGGGACAAGGUACAUUUUGACUGUUCUCGAUCAAAAAGCCAAGGGAAUUGUUGAUCCGCUUCUCUACACUGCUGAAGAUAUGGAAAACACCACUGAAAAUACGCCAAACCAGGCGUUCACACCAGGCGGGUGGCAUGGAAAGUCUCCGAACGAUCCUUCACAUGAUCCGGAUACCCCCGGAGCGGCCAAUAUCCCGUCAGAUGGGAAAUGGUCGCCCAAAAUCGAUCCCAGUCAGGCCAUUGGGGGGGCGCCGCCACUGGCAAAAUACACACCAAUGCCUCCUCGAACAAUCGGGACCGAUUCGCCGUAUUUCAUGAGUAUGACUCCUCCGUUCCCAGAGUCGAGCUCUCGCGCAACGGCGCAGCCCAGCUAUACUCAAGGCCUGCCCACCACUCGGAUGGAGAAUCCUCCAUCGGCUUAUGGCUACGCGGUUUCUUCCGCGGCUGCGGAACGUAGCAGCCACGGACACAUGGGCCCUCGAUCGCACGAUCUACAUGCGCCCAUGAAUACCAACACCGGCGGCAUGAUGAUUGAAAGUCACGAUGUGGACAUGAACACCCUCCAGCAACAAGAAUCCUUCCCCUUCUCCAACGGCGAUAUUUUACCCUGGCUAGAAUAUCUUCCCCAGGAUGUGCUGAGCUUUUUCGGUGAAAAUCAAAAUUUCCCGCUCAUGAGCCCUGACGACAGCACGCCCCGACCUCCGCAGUAA